AUGGCGGGGGACUCAGGUCAUGAUUGGGACCCGGGUCCCAGUCCUUCUGUGCUUUUUCUGCACCCGGACCUAGGCGUAGGUGGCGCCGAGCGGCUGGUGCUAGAUGCGGCGCUGGCGCUGCGGACGCGCGGAUGCGACGUGCAGAUCUGGACGACGCACUACGACCCCGGCCACUGCUUCGCCGAGAGCCGCGAACUACCGGUGCACUGCGCCGGGGACUGGCUGCCGCGUAGCCUGGGCUGGGGCGGCCGCGGAACCGCGCUCUGCGCCUACCUGCGCAUGGUCUACCUGGCUCUCUACGUGCUGCUGCUCAGCGGCGUGGAGUUCGACGUGGUCGUGUGCGACCAGGUGUCUGCUUGCAUCCCAGUGCUCAGACUGGCCAGACGGCGUAAGAAGAUCCUGUUUUACUGUCAUUUCCCGGAUCUGCUGCUCACCAAGCGCGAGUCUUUCCUUAAACGACUGUAUAGAACCCCGAUCGACUGGAUAGAGGAAUACACCACUGGCAUGGCUGACUGCAUUGUAGUCAACAGUCGGUUUACAGCUAAUGUUUUUAAAAACACGUUUAAGACCUUGUCUGGCAUCGACCCCGAUGUGCUCUACCCCUCUCUAAAUGUCACCAGUUUUGACUCAGCUGUUCCUGAAAAACUUGAUGAACUAGUCCCCGAAGGAAAAAAAUUCCUAUUUCUCUCCAUAAACAGGUAUGAAAGGAAGAAAAAUCUGGCUUUGGCGCUGGAAGCACUAGUAGAGCUGCGUGGAAGAUUGACAGCCCAGGACUGGGGCAGGGUCCAUCUGAUCCUGGCGGGAGGAUAUGAUGCGAGAGUCCUGGAGAAUGUGGAGCACUACCAGGAGCUGAAGAACAUGGCCCAGCGGUUGGACCUGGACCAGCACUUGACCUUCCUGCGGUCUUUCUCGGACAAGCAGAAAAUCUCCCUCCUCCACAGCUGUACGUGUGUGCUUUACACACCAAGCAAUGAGCACUUUGGCAUUGUCCCCCUGGAGGCCAUGUACAUGAAGUGCCCGGUCAUCGCUACAAAUUCAGGCGGGCCCCUGGAAUCCAUCCUGCACAACAUCACAGGGUUUCUGUGUGAGCCUGACCCGGUGAACUUCUCAAAAGCCAUGGAAAAGUUCAUCUACAAUCCUUCCUUGAAAACCACAAUGGGACUGGCUGGAAGAGCUAGAGUGCAGGAGAAGUUUUCCUCAGAAGCAUUUGCAGAACAGCUUUACCAGUAUGUCACCAAACUGUCGGGAUAA